AUGGGAAGUUCUUUAGUUAAGAAUUUUCAUCAAGUGACUAAUUCAAAGGCGGAUAUAAGGAAUAAAGCUCAAAAUAAUUCUGUUUAUGUUCCUAAAUCGGGGAUGAAUUUAAAAGUUAGUUCCAAUUUUGAUAAGAUUCAUCCAAAUGAAAAAGGAGCUGAUCUUGUGAUUCCGUUCUCUAAUAAUCAAUUUGAUGCUUUGAAUGUUCUUGAGGAUGAUGAUCAGUUGAGUUAUUUAAAGGAAAGAGUUGGUGUGGUUGAUUUGUCUUAUUUGGACGAUGUGGAACAAAUGGAGGUUACUAAAUGUAUCUCGGAGUAUGAUGCCAAAGUAGAUGCUAAUUCCUAA